AGGGGGCGGGGGACUCGGCUUGUUGUGUUGCUGCCCGAGAACCAGAGACGGUCCUGCUUCGGCCGCGGGUCUUCCAGCCGCCCGACAAUGUCGUCUCAUUUAGUAGAACAGCCGCCGCCCCCCCACAACAACAACAACAACUGCGAAGAGGGUGAACAGCCGUUGGCCCCGACAGCCGGCCUCAACAGUUCCUGGGUGGAGCUCCCUAUGAACAGCAGCAAUGGCAAUGAUAAUGGCAAUGGGAAAAAUGGGGGGCUAGAACACGUACCUUCCUCAUCCUCUAUCCACAAUGGAGACAUGGAAAAGAUUCUUUUGGACGCGCAACACGAAUCAGGACAGAGUAGUUCAAGAGCCAGUUCUCACUGUGACAGCCCUUCCCCACAAGAAGAUGGGCAGAUUAUGUUUGAUGUGGAGAUGCACACCAGCAGGGACCAUAGCUCUCAGUCAGAAGAAGAGGUUGCAGAAGGAGAGAAAGAAGUUGAUGCUUUGAAGAAAAGUGUAGACUGGGUGUCUGACUGGUCCAGUAGACCCGAAAACAUUCCACCUAAGGAGUUCCACUUCAGACACCCCAAACGCUCCGUUUCCUUAAGCAUGAGGAAAAGUGGGGCCAUGAAGAAAGGGGGUAUCUUCUCCGCAGAAUUUCUUAAAGUGUUCAUUCCGUCUCUCUUCCUCUCUCAUGUUUUGGCUUUGGGGCUAGGCAUCUAUAUUGGAAAACGACUGAGCACACCUUCUGCCAGCACCUACUGAAGGAAAGAAAAGCCCCUGGACAAGCGUGUGACCUGUGAAGUGGUGUAUUGUCACGAUAGUUUAUUUGAACUUGAGACCAUUGUAAGCAUGACCCAACCUACCACCCUAUUUUUACAUAUCCAAGUUCCAGUAACUCUCAAAUCCAGUAUUUUAUUCAAACUCUGUUGAGGCAUUUUACUAACCUCAUUCCCUUUUUGGCCUGUAAGACACUUUAGAAUUUCCUAACAGAGUUUACUGUUAUUUAGAAAUUUGCAAGGGCUUCUUUUCCGCAAAUGCCACCAGCAGAUUAUAAUUUUGUCAACAAUGCUAUCGUCUCCUUUUAGUGCUACCAGACUUAGACCUGCAUCAUUCGUGGUAUAAAUUUUGCUCUUGCAAGAUAACUACCAUCUCUCUCUCUUCAAAUGAGAUCAGGUUAGCAAAUGAUAUGACAGCUUUGUUGUUUUGUUUUUUUCAAGACAAAGGCAAGCUUCCCUAAGCUUGAAUUUAUAGUUAUUAAAAAAGAAAACAAACAAACAAAAAAAACCAAGACACA